AAUUGUUAACUAUUUAAAACGCAAUUUUACAAAUUCAUUUUUGCCUUUCCGUCAGUAAUUUGUGAUUAGCUUUUGUGAUGAUAAUAUCUUGAAAACUAAGUACUGUGAUAGGCAAUUUGAAGACGUAAAUAUAAGUUGCGCUGAAAAUAUUUUCAUUUUACCACAUCUAAGUUGAACAAACAAGGUUACAAUUGUUUGUGCAAGAAGUGUGUAAGUAAAGUAAAAGUGUAUUUGUUUUUUUCACAAGUUUAUGGAAAACUCGCAGUGAAUCACCAAUUUAUGUCAAUAUUUAUGAGUAUCCCACCAUGUCAGAGAGAGAGCCAAUAAGUGGUACCAGCCAGGACUACGGCUCAACAUCCACUGUCCCAGCAGUGGGGUUUGCAGACUUCAGCCCGACAGAGCUAUACAAUCUUAGUGAGAGCAUCGCAGAAAAUGUUAACAUCAUCAACGGAGGAUUACGAUCUUUGGAGAAGAUGAAUAAACAAAUAGGAGGGCCUAAUGAUAGUGUGCAACUUAGGGACAAAAUCCACGAAACGCAACAGCGUGUGAACGGGUCUGUGUCGGGCACCGCGCGCGACCUGCGGCGCCUGCGCGUGCUGGCGCGGCGCGGCGCGCGGCCGCAGCGCCUGCAGCUCGAGCGCCUCACGCAGGCCUUCAGUGACGCGCUCGCCAGCUACUCUGCGGUACAGAAGCAAGUGUCAGAGAAGAUGGCGGCGCACAUGCCGCGAGCGCGGCCGGCGCGCGCGCCCGCGCCGCCCGCGCUCGACGACGCCGCGCUCGGCGCCAACCACCAGGCACAGGCCCGGCUGGUAGAGUUCGAGACGAGCAUGCUGCUAGAAAGAGAAGCCUACAUCAACAAGAUUGAAGCAGACGUGUUGGACGUCAACCAGAUCAUGCAGGACCUCGCGGAAAUGGUCAACACGCAGGCGCAGGCUGUCGACACAGUAGAGAGCCACAUAUCGUCCGCGGCGGCGGGCGUGGAAGCCGGAACUGAUGAACUGGCCAAAGCCGCGGAACAUCAAAGACGUUACAGGAGGAAAAUGUUCAUACUCAUAUUGAUCGGCGUCAUAAUCGCGAUCAUAUUCGUCGUCUGGAUCGUUAGGACUUUUAGAUAGAUUGUUGUUAACCAAUAGGAGCAUUUUGGAGUUAGCCCUCGAAGAUUGAUAAUACUUAUGCAGGUAACUUUGGUCUUUAAAGAUGUAUAGAGAAGGACGGCUCUCUAAAGUUUGACCGAUAUGAUAACAAGUGAUGUUCCCGUUUUUAUUGUUAACGUUGUAUAUAUCAUACAUAUUUAUCACUUAGUUUUAAAUCAAUCGACAUCCUUGAUAGCUCGAAAUGAAAGGAAUGAAAUUGUAGGCUCGACAUUUUUAUAUAAACAACCUUCUAUUCAUUCUCAUUCACACGCGAUCUUAUCGAUCUUGUAAUUCAACAGUCGUGUACAGUAAAAAAGUAAUAUUUAUUACUUCAGAAUUUUUUUACGGCAAUAAAGAUUUUUUUUACUUUCAAAAUAUCAGAGGAAUUGACAUUUCUCUUUUCAGCGAAACUAAUGGAAAAAAUAACACUUAUUGCCUUUGUAUUACAACAUAUAACAAGUAAUAAGUGAGUAGAAUUGAAGAUGAACUAAUACAUUUUAAAUAUUAUUUAAAGUAUACUUAAAGUCUUGAAUCUGUGAUUUUAAAUACAUGUCUUUUCUAUGACGCGCUCGUUUUAAAUAAAAUAAAUAUUAUAUAAUAUACAUACACUUAUUGAAAUGUAGAAACAAACAAAUUGUAUUGUGUUAAAUAAUGUUUGCUUUUUUAUAACAAUUUUAAUUUUUAAUUUAAAAAAUGUAAUUAAAAAAGCUUCAAAAAUUACUACAUGUAGUAUGUAUCCAAACUUUAUUUAACACUACUAUGUUAGAAUACUGGGUAAAUAAUAUUUAUCAGCCUUGGGAAGGAGACUUACUAUUUCAUCUCGUAAAGCCGCAAAAUGUCUCAUAUAUUGCUUCGUUAUAUUAUAAUUUAUGCAUUGUUACACUAUAUACAAUAAAGUACAUUAACUUUUGGUUUAUCACGAAAUAAAUGUCCAUAACGCCAGACACCAUGCUAAGUACAUAGACAGCAUUCCAUGCACGCCAGGACUAAAAAAAACGUCCUAGAGUGUACGUACAUGCGAGAAAAUACAUAUACAUUUUACUUUUGAGUGAAAAAAUGCAAAUCUUUUUUCUAAUCUGAUUCAAUUAUUUACCUUAUUUUAGCCUACUUAUUAUGUUAAAAUGUAUUUAUUAAUAAAAAAUAAAAAUUGAAGUAUUACUUAAGUAACCAUUUAUGUUAUCCCUUUAUAUAAGGACUUAUAUAGAUGAGUUUACUAUUAUUUAUGUUUUAACUUAAUUAGAAGUUUUAUAUACACCUUGUGUAUUAUGUAUUCACUGUCCAUACAUACUUGUGCGAUUUAUUUUGAAUGAAAAUUAUUAGAAAAUGCUUAUCAUUAAUUAAAUUCCUACCUCCUUCAUACAAAUAUUUAAGCCUAAACCAUAAGUGUUUGUUUAGUUUUUCCAAUUUUAAAUAUUGUAUAGAGACGAAAAAUUAAAACUACAUAGGCUUCAACUUUUUUGUAUUAUUCUGUAAAAUUAAAUAGGUAAAAUGAUAUUUUUGAAUAUGAGACAAUAAAUACUUCGUUUUUUUUUAAAGUAUGGGCAGAGUAUAUAAAUUUCGUGCAACGAACUGUAUAGUGAACAUGCGCAGGUCUAUUAAAAUUAAUCUCACAAUAAUCAUGUAAUAAACAUGGAACCAUUCCAAAGAAAA